CUAAUUAGCGUUAAAUUAUCGUGCGUCUUCAUCGGGAAAGUGUCGCGCGAUAAGCGCGUGGGUUAACGGCACACGCAAUGCGGUACCAUCGAUCGUACGCAAUCGAAGGCAUCGUGUAAGGCAUGGCAGCGGUGCGUCGACCAGCAGCAGGAGCAGGAGCAUACGACGACGACGACGUGCACUGGGGCAAGAGUGCCACGAGUGUGGGUGUGAUUGGUGGCGACGGUGACGGCCACGGCGGGUGGGCAAGGCAAAUAUGAGCAAGUUCCGUAUCAGUUACAGUGCGCUGGGUAUGUCCGAAGAAAGCUGCAACUCGACCAGCAGUGCGAAAGCAUUACGAAUCGUUAAUUUUCCCCCAGAAACCUUCGAUGGCACGCCGGUGGAGGGUUCGAGGAGGGGCUCGAAGUUUUUCCAGCGGCCCCGCUCGAUGUCCGCCUGGAGCGACAUCAGCCGCAGCAGCAUGCGGCUGGACGAACGGUAA